GGUCUAGCUGUCAUUUAACUUCGACCGGCUCUGAGGGGAAGAGGACGGCGGCGAAGAAGCGCAGUAAAGGACAAAAAAAAAGAGGAGGAAACGGCAACAACCAGAAAACGAAGGAAAUUCGAGUAAUUUAGACACUAUUGACAAUGACAUUUAGAGUCGAGCAUAUACCAGCAAACGCCGACUGAAAGCGACGUGCAAGUUGACUGGCUUUAUUUAGGGAAUCCAAGGGACCAGCCUAGCUGCCGAUGACGUAAAUUCGGUUUGAUAAAUAAAUAAGGUUAGCAGGCUCGCUCGUCGAAAAGACGCCGUGUCAUUGAGCAGGCAGGGCACGUCGGGGAGGAAAAACGCAUCUCGCCGCCUGUAACGCAAACCGUGCGCCGAUCGGCUUCGGGGUCUGGCCGGGCGCAACACGAUCUGCUGCGGUGGAAACAGGGACGCGUCUCUGCGGAGCCGUCGCAUUGGAGUCGGGGGAUUAAAAAAUAAAAAGGAAAUAAAGCGAACCGAGUAUAAUAUUUGUCGGCGAAUUUUUAUUGGGCAACAUAAAUGGGGGAUUACGGCUUUGGAGUCCUGGUGCAGAGCAACUCCGGUAACAAGUCGGCUUUUCCUGUAAGAAGUCACGCGCAUCUGCAGCCUCCACACCACCACCAGAAUGCCUCCCCGGGUCCAGCUUUUAUAAAUAACUCUGCCGGGAAUGGCAGUAACGGUGGGUCGCCGUGGCUCUUCACUGCAGCGGCUGCCCAUGGCAACAUGCAAGACGAGAUGCUUGUGUCAGAGAAACCCAAAGUCCAACAGCAGCAACAGGAAAUGCAGGAAACGCAAGAAAAGCAACUGUCUCCGGGCCACCAGGAGACCGGCAUCAUACCUGAGUUGGAAAAGACUGCGUCGGAGGAGAGCAAGGGCGAGAACGGCACGACAGAGGGCAGCAAUGGGAAGGGGAAGAUGCGCAUGGAAUCGCCCGUCCUCACGAGCUUCGAUUACCAGGAAACCUCGGUCCUGGGGACGGUCGCCCAGUCCACCACAUCUUCCUCCUUGACUGGCUUCAACAACUGGUCGGCCGCGAUCCCCCCGAACCCUUCGACGAUCAUAAACGAAGACGUGAGCUUCUUCAACCCGGCUGCCUCCGCCAGCAACGGGCCCUUGUUGUUCCAGAAUUUCUCACACCACGUCAGCCCGGGUUUUGGGGGCAACUUUUCUCCCCAGAUCGGACCCCUCCCACAGCAUCACCCCCCCCACCCGCAUUUCCAGCACCCCCACAACCAACACCAACAGCAUCGAAGAUCCCCGGCUAGCCCCCACCCUCCUGCGUUCUCCCACCGGAAUGCUACUUUUAGCCAGUUACCCCACCUCUCGAAUAAUCUGAAUAAGCCCCCAUCACCUUGGGGAAGUUACCAAAGCCCCUCACCAUCACCCUCUACCACUUCUUGGAGCCCCGGGGGCGGAUAUGGGGGCUGGGGUGGCUCUCAGGGCCGGGAUUAUCGUAGGGCCCUCAAUGGAGGUAUGACGCCCCUCAACUCAAUCUCCCCGCUGAAGAAGACCUUCCCCAACAACCACGCGCAGUCGCAGAAGUACUCGCGUAGCAGCCCUGGUUUCAACCCCAAGUCCUGGAUGGAGGAGAAUAUGAACCGGAGCGACAAUAUAUUCCCAUUUCAGCCGGACCGUGCCAGGUCAUUCGACGGCUUCAACAUGCACUCCCUGGAGAACUCGCUGAUCGACAUCAUGAGGGCAGAGCAGGAUUCCCUCAAAGGUCGGCUUGGAUUCACUCACCCAGGGGGAGACAGUCCGUUGCCCAUAAAUGCGAGGAAUUACGGACGGCGGCGAGGUCAUUCGUCCCUUUUCCCCAUGGAGGACAGCUUCGGCGAUGACGAGCGUGGAGAUCAGGGCCUGCCUGGCCUGGGUUCACCCCACUGUUUCCCCCAUCAGAAUGGCGAGCGUGUCGAGCGCUAUUCCCGCAAGGUGUUCGUUGGUGGCCUCCCCCCUGACAUAGAUGAAGAUGAGAUUACCGCCAGCUUCCGACGUUUCGGUCACCUGUUCGUCGACUGGCCUCACAAAGCGGAGAGCAAGUCGUAUUUUCCCCCUAAAGGGUACGCUUUCCUGCUGUUCCAAGACGAGAGCUCAGUCCAGGCCCUGAUCGAUGCUUGCAUCGAGGAGGACGGCAAGCUCUACCUGUGUGUGUCCAGCCCCACCAUCAAGGACAAGCCGGUCCAGAUCCGACCCUGGAACCUCAACGACAGUGACUUUGUGAUGGACGGAUCACAGCCCCUUGACCCCAGGAAGACUAUUUUUGUGGGCGGUGUCCCUCGCCCACUGCGUGCAGUGGAGCUGGCCAUGAUCAUGGACCGGCUGUACGGGGGCGUGUGCUACGCCGGCAUCGACACCGACCCGGAGCUGAAGUACCCGAAAGGAGCCGGCCGGGUGGCCUUCUCCAACCAGCAGAGCUACAUCGCGGCCAUCAGCGCUCGCUUCGUGCAGCUGCAGCACGGCGAGAUCGAUAAACGAGUGGAAGUGAAGCCAUACGUCUUGGACGACCAGCUGUGUGACGAGUGCCAGGGCACGCGCUGCGGGGGCAAGUUCGCACCCUUCUUCUGCGCCAACGUCACCUGCCUCCAGUAUUACUGUGAAUAUUGCUGGGCGGCCAUCCACUCGCGCGCCGGCCGGGAGUUCCACAAGCCGCUGGUGAAGGAGGGCGGCGACCGGCCCCGGCACAUCUCCUUCCGCUGGAACUAGGCGGGGGCGGUGCGGCCGGCUGCCACGCCCCCAACCCAACCCCAACCACACACAUAGAUAGAUUAUAUAUAUAUACAUAUACAUAUAUAUCUAUAUAAAUGCACUUUUCUGUUGCUGGUUCCUUUUUAAGUUUAGAAUCUAAUCUUUAAUUUUUAAUUUAAUAUAUUUAAAAAGAAAUAUUAAGACAAACAAACGUGUUAAGAAAAAAAAGACGAAAUCCCACUUUCCCUCUGACUGUGUAUGAUUUUAUUUUUUAUUUUUUUUUAAUGUCUUAGUGAACGUCAAAGUUGAGAACUUCCAGUAUGAACGUAAACGUUUCAUGGUCUGAUAGGGCUGCAUAUUGAUCCCGCCCCCCCCCCCAACCCCCACCUUGUGCAUAAUUGGCAACAGCUUGACCUUUCAGUACGGAGUACGUCUUCUCGAGCUCGACGGGAAUAGUUCGCUUCCGGAAGGACGUGUAGCUUGUGUUACGGAGAAGAGAGUGCAAUUUCUGUAAGGGUGCAGUUUUCACAUCAAAAACCCAGUCCUCACCUUAAUCACCUUAAUUGUUUUUUUUUUUUUUUUUUUUAUAAAUAAUACCCACAGGCUUCCUGUGCAUUUAGAUAAAUUCCGUUGUACGACUUUAUUAUUUGACAACUGCUUUCAUCACAGCCGUUUGUGUUCUCUCCAUUUUGACAUGCAAAACUUAAUACCUCAAGCUUAGCUGCUAAUAUCGAAAGGUAUAUUCAGAGUAAUUCUCUCCCCCCACUCCCCUAAACAUGGCAAUUGAUGGGAAACAGAUUCGCGACAGUUAGGUUCUCGCCAGUGCUUUUCUCCCCGAUUUCCGUUAGAGGUUUCCGAUAUUACAAAAUGACUGGAACGUAGAGUAACUGGAUCAGAGGCCAAAUGCUAUAGGAGGAAGGCCCCCCCGGCCUGUGCUCACGUCGGAGGAGGAGCAUUUGGUACGAGCAAGCGCACGACACAGUGGGGCACGCUGAACGAGACGAGACGAGAGCAUCUUUCUCCUCAGAGGCGACCGAAAGCCUAACCACAUUUUUGUAUCACCUGUGUCAAUGCAGCGAAUGCAUGUUUAUAGUCUAGCUAGUAUAUAGCAUGCUGUCUGCUGCAUUGUGUGCUGCAGCUUGCAAGUUGCUCAUUCAGACCAAGACUGAAACAGAGGUAAUAUCUAGACGCUUUAAGGAACUCCAGCCAAAGAUGGUUGUUGCGCCGUGAUUAAUACUGUAACGUAUUCCUAUUGUCGUCAAAAUAUAUUUUGUUGAUUUUUUUUUUUUUUUAUGGUUUAUCCUAAGAUGAGACAGGCUCCAGCAAACCAAAGAUUGGCCUCGAAAUCAAUUGAGCACAGUUAACGUCCAGAAGCGCCUCAAACAGACGUCUUUCUGUAGGUCGGUCCACUCAUUUCCAAAGGUCAAAAUGGAGACGUUUUGUUUGGAGAUAAUCCGAAAACAAACGCUUACAGUAGUCGUAGGUUAUUUACAGAUGUACUGUAUCUGGAUCUGCUAACGUAACUUGUCAGGGAUUUUAGCGCUGAAAUAAAACUUAUUAAUAUACUAGUGAGAACUUACCCUCGUGUUGACUUGAUGGCGUUCAGCCGCACCGGGUCUCCCGUGAUAUCAUCACGGGGACACGGUGGCUGAACACUUUAGUAGUUUAACACUUUUUGAAGAAUUUGCUGUUUAUGAGAUGAAAAAGUGAUUAUUUUAUACAUGGCCUGCUGAUUUUUUGGUACAGUGUUUUCUAGCAAAAUUAUUUUGUCAUGCACAUGUAAACAUUUAUUAUGCACUACUUUUCUAAAUCUUUUUUUCCAACAGUCAUUUUAGGCACAUUUUUCACUAAUGGGGAAAACUCCUUUUUGCAAUACCUCAAUUUUUCACAUUGUGAAAGGUAGCUUUUGUACUUUUGUUACUGAAAGAUCUACAUUUAUGGUAAAUUUCAUUUAAAAGAGAGAGUGGUUUUAAUAUAUUUUAUUUUCUAUUAUGCUUUUUAUACAUUUCAGUGCUGAGGAGUCUCUCCAUCUCGGAGAGUAUUCUGGUGUCAGUAUGACUUCGGUUCUGCAGAGGAAAGAGCAAAAGUGUAUUCCGAUCUUUUACACGAGACGUUUCUGAACAAGCGGGGAAUUAAAAAAAAAAAAAGUGCAUCUUAGAGCAUGACAACAACAAGUUGCUACACAAAAUUUAAUGUCAAACUAUCUUCAGCACCUGUCAGUUUUAGAUGGACGCAAGUGUGUUUUGUCUUGUUUUUUCCCUCCUCCCUGAAAAUAGCUGGAGUUACUAUAAGAAUGCAAAUUUGGUUCGUGUUAGGCUGUCGCGUAUCAGAGGAAUGGAUGUUAGGUGUUUAGAUAUUUCAGCAUUUUAAAAUAUAUAUUCUUGAACUGCCAACUAGCUCCUAUUGUAAUCCUUAGCAUGCAUGAUUAAAAUGAAAUAAUUACAGAAAUAAGCUUAAUAAGCUGAAAUUAAUUGUUGUGAUUGUGUACCAGACAUGUUUCUAAAUGUUUAAUUUAUUAAGGAAUCCGCCCCCACACCCCUCCCAAUGUGUUAAUCUAUUUGCCUUCACCAUACACAGCCCCUCUGCAGGACUUGUAGAGAACUCGAAAUCAAUUUUACAGUGCAGGACUUUAGAAUCUUAUAGGACACUGUUGAAAAGACUUGAUCACUCAUACACCUUUCUUUCUGGGUACUGAGCCUUUAAAGAAAGGGCACUUUAAAACUUGAAUGUGGUAAAUGUUGCAAGUUAACUUCAAGUUGUUAUGUGCAAUACCUUUUAUUUUGAAGUUUUUUUUUCUCUCCUCCUCUAGAUAAAGAGUCCUUUGCAAUGUAAUUCUUUAAUGCCAUUUUUAAUUGCAGACAUUUAAAGAAGAUGUUAAUGUUUUUCACAGUCAUUUUCUACUGUUGUAAUCCUUUUCAUGCUAGUGUUUGUAAAAAUGGAAAAAAAAAUCAAAACUAUUUGUACUAAUAUAAAUAAUUGAAGUUAUUUUUAAAAGUUUAGGUUUUUGUGCUCAUUUGCUUAUUUUAUUUCAAGCUACUGUGAUUGAUUGCAUUGUAAUUAUAUCAAUGUAUUUAGCAGUUUAUUGGUAUAUUUUUAAUUGGAAUGUAAUUAUUUUUUAUAAUUUUGAUCAGAUUUGUGUUAUAUUUUUGAGGUGAAGCUUUUAAUAUGUUAAAGUGUCUAGUUUUUACUAAUUUCUAUAUCGUGCUACCACAACAUGGUUCACAUUUACAGAAGGAAAAAAAAGUUAAAUAUUUGUUAAUGAUGUUACUUAAUAGCUAAAUUUCAUUAGUUUUUAACUGUGUAUGGGAAGGUUAUUUAUUAAUAGCAUUUUUACUUAAGAUAUCACCUUAAUUUUGUCAUUUGCAUUUAUAAGUUUGUAUUUUUGUAUUUUGUUUCUAAUUAAGUUAUGUCAUACAAAUGUCCAUAUUUUUAGGGGUUGGUCUGUAGAAGUGCUGGUGAAAUGAAACGAAAUCUAAUGUUAUUUAAUUGUUUGCAGCCAACUAUUUAUAACAGUAUGCAUAAUUUUUAAAUAUUUGUAAUGUGAAAUGUUGAAUGAAUAAAAGUUAACUGUGACAACA